AUGAUAAGGUACCAUGGUCUGUGUGUAGAAUACGAGACAUUCUUCGCCAAUACAUCACAUCAAAGGAACAUUCUGAAAAAAACUGACAGCGCAAAGAAAGAAAGCAGCAAUCACAGAAUGUCAAAGAGCUCAUCUAAUUUUACAAACCAGAAUAGCGAUCAACGAAGUGAUAAUCAGAAAUAUUCUGGAGCAUUAGUAGUGCAUGAAAACCUGGGAUCAAAAAAGUCAAGUCCAACGAAAAAAUGCAGAUAUUGUUCAAAGACGCAUUGGAGCGAUGAAUGUGCAAAGUAUCAAACAACUGAUGAAAGAAAGAAGCAACUGAAGAAGAGCUGUUAUAAAUGUCUCCGUGAAGGUCACCUCUCAAAAGAAUGUAGAACUUCAAGAGAAUGUGUAUAUUGUGGUGAACGAAAUGUACAUCACAGAAGUCUUUGUGAAAAAAGAUUUGGGAAGAGAACACCACAAACAGUUCAACUCUCUGAAGAAACUGAAAGAGAAGAAAAACAUAAGGAAGUUGGUCUUCUUUCAUCCGGAGAGAAUGUUUUGAUGCAAACUGCGAAAACGGAUGUUAAAGCUCCAAAAGGAACGUAUACGGAAAACAUCCGUUUGUUACUUGAUUCAAGGUCACAUAGAACCUAUGUAACCGAGAGUUUAGCACGACGUCUAAACUUGAAAGAAGAAUCAGAAGAAGAGAUUAACCUGGUGACAUUUGGAAGUGAUAAAACAAAAGUGAUUAAGACAAAAACAACGAAGCUGUGCCUGAAGCAGAAAACUGGGAAAUACAUGGUUCUAAGAUUACAGGUUCAAUUUAUCGCAACACGGUAA